UUGGGCUGGCGAAGGUUGUAAUAGCGCAUCAUUUUCGUUACCUGUUCAAAAUAUCAUCAGCAACCAAUCUCUCUUCCAAUUAUUGUUGUCUAUCAAAACAAACAAAGUGUAUCAAUCAAUAAAAAAAUGGAGUCUGGAAAAAAUGCAGCAUUCUCAUCUGCAAAAGCUCUACCAAGAGAAGACACACCUCUCAUACCCAAGUCCACGCCUCUAUCCUCUCAAUCCAAGACUUUUGCAAAUGUAUUCAUUGCUAUUGUUGGUGCUGGUGUUCUUGGUCUCCCUUAUGCUUUUAAACGCACAGGUUGGAUAAUGAGUCUUAUGAUGCUUUUCUCUGUUGCUGGUUUAACUCAUUACUGUAUGAUGUUGUUAAUCCAUACACGUAGAAAGCUUCAAUCUUUAUCCGGGGAAUUCGCAAAGAUUAACUCCUUUGGUGAUCUGGGUUUCACCGUUUGUGGUUCUAUUGGGAGGUUUGUUGUUGAUGUUAUGAUUGUUUUGUCUCAAGCUGGAUUUUGUAUUGGUUAUUUGAUAUUUAUUGGUAAUACCAUGGCUAAUCUGUUCAAUGCAUCAUCACCUGAUAGCUUGCCUUCUCAAGUUAUUGCCUUCUCAAUGUCCGCUAAGAGUUGGUAUAUAUGGGGCUGUUUUCCUUUUCAAUUGGGAUUAAGUUCUGUUGCAACGUUGACGCACUUGGCUCCGUUGAGCAUUUUUGCUGAUGUUGUUGAUCUGGCUGCCAUGGGAGUGGUGAUUGUUAAGGAUGUUUUUUUAAUGAUGGAAAAUAGGCCUGAAGUUAAAGCCUUUGGAGGUUUGUCCGUGUUUUUCUACGGGAUGGGCGUGGCUGUAUAUGCAUUUGAAGGGAUUGGUAUGGUUUUGCCAAUAGAAUCUGAAACGAAAGAGAGGGAAACGUUUGGGAAAAUCUUAGGUUUGAGCAUGGGGCUUAUAUCAGUGAUAUAUGGAGCUUUUGGUGUGCUGGGUUACUUUGCAUUUGGAAAUGAUACUCAGGAUAUUAUCACUGCUAAUUUAGGGCCUGGGCUCAUUAGCCUUUUGGUUCAAUUGGGUCUUUGUGUCAAUCUGUUUUUCACAUUUCCCCUGAUGAUGAACCCUGUUUAUGAGAUAGUGGAGAGAAGGUUCUGGGGUGGCAGGUAUUGCCUGUGGCUUAGAUGGCUGUCGGUUAUGGUGGUUACUCUGGUGGCUUUAACGGUGCCAAAUUUCGCCGAUUUCUUGUCCUUGGUGGGGAGCAGUGUAUGUUGUGGAUUGGGAUUUGUUUUGCCAGCUUUGUUUCACUUGCUUGUGUUCAAGGAAGAGAUGAACUGGAAAGGAUGGACAAUUGAUGUGGGGAUUGUGUCCUUGGGCCUUGUUCUUGCGGUUUCAGGGACUUGGUAUGCUCUCAUGGAGAUCUUCGCUAUCAAGGCAUAGGUAUGUUGUCCUCAGAACAUGGAAGAUGUGAAUCAUAGCAGUCAGCUUGUGUUCUUAUCCCUACACAGUGGUUUAUUUUCUCUCAUUGUGAAGCUACCUCAUCAAUCCUAAUAUGGAAGACGAUGUCUGAUUAAGAGAAAGUUCAGCACCAUGAAACUCCAUCAUGGAUCACAACCUUGUGCGCUGCAUUAUUGCUGUAUAUGAUAUUCCAAAAUGGAUUAUAACCAUGUGUGCCUCAUCAUUGUU